AUGAGUAUUAAAAAAAAUCAUCCACAUGUAAUUAAUUUAAAUCAAUUAGUAUUAAAUGUUCCAAUCCGACGAAAACUAACUGAUCAUGAAGAUCGAGAUAAAUUUGAAUGGAAUCAAUGGCAAAGUGCAACAAAAACUGUUAAUAACGUCGAAGCACCAACAAAAGAAAAACAUAUUCGAAAUCUCAUUGUUGGUACAUUUCGAUUGGAUGGUUGUCGUCUUUUUUGGUCAAUGGUAAUUAGAAUUCAUAUUGAAUCACAUCCAAUUGUUAGUUGGAAAUUUUGUUAUGUUAUUCAUCGUCUUUUAAAAGAUGGACAUAGAAAUGUUGUUCAUGAUUGCAUUAUAUUAUCAUCUUAUUUCGAUCAAUUAUGCAAAUAUUGGAGUGGUGUACAACAAAGUUAUGGUUUAUUAACACAUCGUUAUUGUCAUUUAUUAGUAUCAAAAUUAAAAUUUCAUGUAAAAAAUCCAACAUUUACAGGAGGUUUAACAUUUGAUGAACCGAAUGAUAUUCGACGAUUAUUUAAAGAUAAUUAUAAUUUAUAUCUUCCAUUAUGUAAUGAAUUAUUUGAUUAUAUGGAAGAAUUAUUAAAUCUUGUACAAGUUAUAUUUACAUCACUUGAUCAAUCACGUACAAAUUCAAUGACUACAACAGGUCAAUGUCGUCUUAAUCCAAUUAUUGCUUGUAUACAAGAUUCAAGUCUACUUUAUGAUUAUAUUGUUAAAGUUCUUUUUAAAUUACAUGAAGGUUUAUCUGGUGAUGCAUUACAAGAACAUCGACAAAGAUUAACUGAUCAAUUUCGAAGAUUGAAACGUUUCUAUAAUCAAACAUCAACAUUACAAUACUUUAAAACUCUUAUUAAAGUUCCUAUUUUACCUGAAAAUCCACCAAAUUUUAAUAUAAAAGAAGAUAUGAAAAAUUAUCAAAGUCCUGUACCAGUUGUAAGUGCAACAUCAACGGAGUCAUUACAAGGAAUGGAUGAUCUACUUACUGGUACAACGACUGAGACUAAAUCAAUAUUAAAAACUACAGUCAGUGAUGAUUCAGCAGCAAGUAACAUGAUGUAUAAUCGUACUAAAGAAAUAUCCGAACUUGAACAAAGAGUAAUGCAGUAUGAUGCGAUGUUAAAACAAAAUCGUUCAGAAACUGAUGAUUUACAUCGAACAAUUGCUGCUAAAGAUACAGAAUUAAUUGCCGAAAAAAAUCAUCGCUUACAAAUUGAAGAACAACUACGUCAACAGUUUGAUAAUCAGAAGCGUAUAGCAGAUAUGCAUGCAAUUGAUAAUAAAGCAAGUUCAAACGAAAAAUUCAAUAAAUUACUCGAAACUUACAAUAAAUUACGUGAUGAACAUGCAAUUGUAUUAAAUCGAGAAGGUGAAACUAAAAAACAAUUAACAGAUAUAACUCAACAACAUUCGCAAUUAAAAGAAGAACAUCAAAAAAAAGAAGAAGAAUUUAAUCAAAAUCAAGAAAAAAUUAAUAAUGAAAUUGUUCAACUACGACAAACAAAUGAUGAAUUACAAGACAGAAUUCAAGUACUUACAACUGAACGUAAUGAUUAUCAAUCAAUAACAAAAACAACAGCUGAACGUAUGAAAGAAAUUGAAAAUGCUAAACAAAAUGUUGAAGAACGUUUUAAACAAUUAGAAAAUGAUAAAACACGUAUUGAUAAUGAUAAAUCUACUUUUGAACAAAAAUUAAAACAAACAGAAGGAGCACGUCGUGAUUUACAUGAUAAAAAUCGCGAACAUGAAGAAAAUCUUAUUGAUUUAUUACAUGAUAAAGAAACUCUUGAAUUAAAAAUUAUCGAUCUAGAAGAAUCAGCACGUAAAUGGGCACAGAAAUUUGUUGAAACAACUGAUAAACAAAAAUUAAUACAAACAACUCAUGAAAAACUUCUGAGUAAUUUAAAACGACAAUAUAAAUUUUCGAUUUUAACAUAUUGUAUUAAUCAAAUGCAUGAUGGAAUUGAUCGAAUGAAAAAUAAAGAAUUAUCCGGUGAAAAAAAUACUUCAGAAUAUCUUUUAUCAAAAAUACAAAUGGCUAUUGCUAGUACAAAAAAAAUACAAGAUCUUUAUAAAAAACACAAUGAAUCUGAUGAAACUACAACACUUGCAUUCAUAAAUGAAUGUAUUACACUCUCGAAUUGUAUGGUUGAUAUUGUUAUACAUGGUAAAUCAGCAUCUAAUUUUGCUCAAAAUGUUGAUUUAGCUAAUAGUUGUCGUGAUACAACUCUUUAUUGUAUUGAUAUUUAUACUAACUAUCAAACACCAUCAGCAUCAAAUGAUAGUGAUAAACAAACUAAUGAAUUAAUUCAUCGAUUAAAUUCAUUAAUAGAAAAAUGCAAAACAUUAUUAAAAAAAUAA